AUGAAGAAACGUGAAGAGGAGCUGGCGCGGGGGCUGGCGCGGGGGCCGGGCAGAGGAGCCUGUGGCGACAGAGGAGCGGCGGAGGGCCAUGAGUGUAGCGCUCUAGCGGGUAGUAUGAGAAAGAUAGGAACACUACGCCCGCCGGGACUCAUCGGUGGAAGUAAACCCAAAGUGGCCACUCCUGCCGUCGUGUCCAAGAUUGAGCAAUACAAACGGGAGAACCCUACCAUAUUUGCCUGGGAAAUACGAGAGCGACUGAUCUCUGAAGGGGUGUGCACCAACGCGACGGCGCCGUCCGUCAGCAGCAUCAACCGCAUCCUCCGCAAUCGGGCCGCCGAGCGCGCAGCUGCUGAGUUCGCGCGCGCCGCGGGGUACGGCCUGUACCAUCCGCACCCGUACGCCGCCGCCGCCGCCUUCCCCUGGCAUCCGGCGGCGGCGGCGCACCUGUGGUCGGCGCCUGCCCUGGGCCUGGCGCCGCCCUCCUCCACCUCCGCCGCUGCGGCCGCCGCCGCCGCCGCCGCUGCACCUUCCAUGGCGGCGUCGCCCGGCUCCGCUUCGUCCGCGGGCUCCGCCGUCAGCCACGUGCACCACGAGUCAGCCGCUGGGGCGCUGGGACAGCCCGACCUGCUCAUGCCCCGGAUUAUA